AUGACUACAGUCGUCAACAAUUGGACCCACACUCAAACUUUAGAAUGGGUAAAAUCUGGUAUAGACAAAGGAGGUUAUGAUCAAGAUUGCCUUUAUCUUAAAGAUGGUUUUAAAGGAGAGAAUCUUACAUUCAAUUCCAAAUCAAUUGAAAUCUUUAAACGUAAUUUCAAGAAUGAAUCUCCAGAACAAAAAGCUGAUGAUCAAAAAAUGAAAGAAAGAGAACAACUCAUUGAAUCGCUUUUUGCAGAGCUCGAACGUCUUUUUUCUCAAACAACGGCCACCGCUCCUAAAACAAACAUAGAAGAAUUGGUUCUCCUUAUCUCAAAGUUCAAAGUAGAAGGUGAAAUUACACAUCCAAAACAACAAGUCGAUGAUGACCUCUCUGACCUCGACCAAGAUUUUAAAUCAAAAUUGGUAUUUGAAAAAGAAGGGAUGUCAUCUAGAGUUUUUUCCGCUUUGGUCGAUGGAAAAUCUUAUUUCAUCAAAAUCUACAAAAAGCCACAUUUCAAGUCAAACGAGGAAAAGCGUUUGCAAAGUUUAAAAGAUUUCAAUGGUGUCCCAAAAAUUAUUCGUUCAUCAGGUGAUUCAAGCAAGUGGAUGGUGAUGUCUCCUCUUGGAAGUGUCAUUAAUACUUCAAUAGCAUUUAAAAACUGGGGAAAAAUUAUUCAAAUUUUGUUGGAUGUUCACAAAAACAAUAUCAUUCACCGUGACAUAGGCCCCUCUAAUAUCAUUUUAUCAAAUGAAUCAAAGGAGCCCAUUUUAAUUGAUUGGUCAUCUUCUGUAUUGUUUUCAGGAAACCCAUCUCCUUAUGAAGGUUGUUACUACACUGCCUCAAAUAAUGUUCUCAUCUCAAUGGUCAAAUCAAAUGGCACUCACACCUCUACUCCAAACGAUGAUUUAGAAUCUUGUAUAAAAACCAUGAUCAUUUUGACAGUUAGAAAUGUCAAACGUAAAGUAUUGAGUGUUGGAGUAGAUUCCCCAAGACGUUUGAUUGAUGUAUGGAAUAAAAUAGAAAAAAAAAGAAUCAGUCCAUACCAUGUUCAACUUUUGGCUCUCUCUCGAAAUGGAAGUCACAAAGAACUUAUCCAACUCCUCCACUCUUUACAAACCGAGUCGGAGCAACAAUAA